AAUAUGGCGACGACGUACGACAACGUGCAGGUUGCUGUCCUUACAGAACAAGAUGAUUUCAAGCCAGUCGUCAAUAGCAAAUGUCGAUUAGAUGUCUCAGCACAGAACGAAAGUGUUUUAUUAACUUUUCACAGUGAUGAUAAAGAAUGCCAUAAAAUAGUUGUGAAUAAUGAUACAGAGUUUUCCAGGAUGGGAAAACAAGGAGUUGUCUUCACAGAAGAUCAGAAGAGUUCUCUGGUUAAAUUCAACAGUGUACACAUAAUGAAAACAUUUCAACACAGAUUGAAGGAGAUAAGAUCUGGCCUUAAAUCUACUUUCUCCGAGAGAACAGAUGAAGCAUCUGCUGUGCAAUAUUUUCAGUUCUAUGGCUACUUAUCCCAGCAACAGAACAUGAUGCAGGACUACAUAAGAACAUCAUCAUACCAACGGGCAAUACUGGCAAACUUAGUAGACUUUCAUGAUAAGGUUGUUUUAGAUGUGGGAGCUGGCUCAGGAAUCCUGUCCUUCUUUGCCAUCCAAGCAGGUGCUAGGAAAGUGUAUGCAAUUGAAGCCAGUAGCAUGGCAAAACAUUGUGAGAUGCUUGUUCAACAAAACAAACUCGCUGACAAGAUAAUUGUGAUACCAGGCAAGGUAGAGGAAGUGGCAAUCCCAGAAGAAGUAGACACCAUCAUAUCUGAACCCAUGGGUUACAUGCUUUUCAACGAGCGCAUGUUGGAAAGCUUCUUACAUGCAAAAAAGUGGCUUCGACCAGGAGGUAAAAUGUUUCCAUCACAAGGAGAUCUACACAUAGCACCAUUCACAGAUGAAGCUCUUUACAUGGAACAAUUUUCAAAAGCCAACUUCUGGUACCAGCAAUCAUUUCAUGGAAUAGACCUCACUAGUUUACGAAGUGCAGCCGUCGCAGAGUAUUUCAAACAGCCAAUAGUGGAUACGUUUGAUGUCAAUAUUUGUCUUGCAAAAUCCAACAAAUAUACAGUGGACUUCCAGACAGCAGAUGAAACAGAUUUACAUGUGAUAGAAAUACCACUGACAUUUAGCAUGCUUGAAUCAGGUCUCAUACAUGGUCUAGCUUUCUGGUUUGAUGUGGCUUUUCUGGGAUCAAAUGAUUCCAUAUGGCUGUCAACAGCACCAACAGAAACACUAACCCAUUGGUACCAGGUCAGGUGUCUGGUGGAGACUCCUGUGCUUGUCAAACGAGGACAGACAGUCACCGGCAAAUGUCUUCUACGCUGUAACAAGAGACAAAGUUAUGAUGUCGACAUAGAAGUGAACAUCCCAGGAACAGGAUCGAAAUCCACAAAUACCCUUGACCUGAAGAAUCCUUUCUUCAGAUACACUGGUCAGACUCCGCAGCCUCCACCUGGUCAGCAUACAACAUCUCCUUCAGAUAAUUACUGGAACAGUCUGGCUACAGGUUCAACGAUGUACAUGAAUGGAUUGAUUAAUGGUAUAGACCCCAACAUGUUGCAGCAACAGGGAGUUGUACAAACAAACCUGAUCCCAGUCUCUAAUGUCGCACCAAUAAACCCAGGCAGUAUCCCCAGUGUUCUAAAUUUGGUGACGAACAACACCCACCAUGCAAACCGAACAUCUGUUGGAGGAGGAAUAAGUCCUGUUAACUUCGCGAUGAAUACACAGAACUCAAGGCAACAAACAACAUGCAGCAGUAUGUGUAGUGGGACAGGAAACAACAGCACAAUAACAAACAUACGGGGGGAUAUGUAUCCUGUCAGCAACCAGUUCAUGAUUGGGGACUACGUCAUGCCGGGAAAUGUUGUUGUACCAACUCAGCUGAGAAAAUCAGAAGCCGUGUGAACAACUGUUACCUUGACAACAACUCAUGACCUCAAAUAUCUGUCGCUUGGAUUCACACUUCUGCUAUACUUAACUCCUCAUCAUAGACCUUGGUGUAGAGAAGAGACAGUGGUACAUUAUCAGUGUACAAGAAAUAAGGUUGAUUUAAAAUCAUGUCAGGGGUGUAAUAUCGUAACAUGUCUAUAUACAGUCAAAAGUAAUAAUUUAAUCAACUUCAAAGUACAAUCUCCUUCCCUAUUUCCAUGUGACAAUAACAGUAAUAAAUAGUCAUCGCAAUAGAGCAGAAAACCAUUUUGCUUGAUUAUUUAUGAUUCAGAAAACAUCUUUAAAGUUCAGAGCUUUUAUCAGUGGUUUGGGAAGGGAGAUUUUUGCCUCAUUUUGGGAAGAAAAUGGGUGAAUGGGGAAGGAAAUUUUUAGAAGUAAAUUUGUAAAUUUGGGGAAUUGGGUUUAAAUAUGAAAUAAUUCCAAUUGGGAAUGAUGUCCAUUAUUUGGCCCCCAAAAGCCCUUAAAAAAGCCCUCAGAAUUAUUUUAUUGAAAUAUUACAUAUGAAUGCACUUAAAUUUGUACAUAUGUAAAAACAGUCCUUGCGACACAGUCUUAAAACUGUACCUCACAAUCGAAAAGGGUUGUGAGAAAAUAUCCUAUUAGACCGUGAUGAAACUUGUGUUCUGUUCUACCUACAAAUCAGUGGCUUGCUGUAUGGACUCUGAAAGCAAACCUAAGGAUAUACUUUAAAGGGCACAAGUCUUUUAUGUUCAAAUUAACCUCAAACUUGUGUCUUUGUGUUCUCCAUUUACCAAGUGGGUAUGUCAUCCACUCUUGAAACAAUAUUUACAAAAUGUGAAAAUGACAUUUCCAGAUAUCAUUUGGGAAGCCCAAGUUUCUGAACGUAUAAAAGAUGACCCUUCUAUGGCAGUUUGAAUUACUGAGGAUUCAUCUGUUUCCUCUUUAUGCAUUUUUAUCUUUAUUUAUACACAACAGCUUGUAGAUCUCAUAAAUAAUGUACAGAGGAAUCAAAGUAUUCACUUUAAUACUGUAGGACAGAUGAAGCCAUCAUGUGGAGUCAUUCCUGCUAUCAGACAUUCUUGGUUUUACAAGAAAAUGUAAAAGGUUAUUUUAAGCCAAGGAUUGAACUGGUGAGCAUGUGCCUUGUCUUAAACUUGCUGAAUUAUGCAUACCGGUAGAUACAAGUACAGUGUGGAACACUUGUUUAUUAUGCUGACUAAUGUAUAGGUAUACAAAAUUAGCUUCCAUUGUAGAUUUAUAGUUACUUAUUUUGGGGUAUUUAUAGUUUUGAGAAAAGAUAUGUAGCUUUACAAUACAUUUAUAUAUGUUGAUGUAUUACUUGAUUUCUGAGAAUGUAAUGAGGCGAAGAACUGCAGACAACUUCAUUGUUACAUAUUUUAUGAUAUACUCAAGGGUGAAAAGUCCAUCUUUAAAACACAUUCACAAUGUGAAAUUAUUGCAUGGUUGAUGGGUUUAAUAAAUAUAAAGACAUAUUGUACAUUGAAAAAUUUCACAGACAUUAUCAACAUUUUGAGCAUAUUCCUAAAAUAUUCUGAAAAUUGAAUUUCCACAAAAUUUUGAAUUGGGACUCCAAUUAACUGAAAAAACAUCCAAUAUCAAUUUAGAACACUAUACUCUCUUUUGCUUUUUGUUUGACAGAAAAAAUACUUAUGCAGUUGGCAGGUAUCUUUGUACUGCAAAAUAUUAUGUAAGAUAGCAUAUUUAACAUCAAUGCAAACAAGUAUUUUACAAGUAUGGGGAAACCAAAAAAUGAACUGCAGAUUAAUGAUAAAGCUGAUAUAUACGAGUUGUUGUAUUUCAGGGAGAAGGUAGCUCUAGACAAAGAUAUGUAUUCCUAACAGACUAGACUGUAUUUAGGGUACCUAUUGUAUAUCAAGUGUAUUUUGAAAAGGUUAUAACCCUUCUUUUCAUCUUACGAAAACAACAUCCCAUUAAAAAAAAGGGGGGCAACCAGUGGUUGAUGCAUGAAUGUAAAUGGUUCCAGGAGAAAUGGAUGUCCGGAAAAAGUAAACUUGAUAUAACAAUGGUUUUGUCAAUCAUGGUUGUGUGUUAUUUCUCGACAAUGCAUCACCAUCUUGUAGGAGUGACUCCAGUUGAUGUGUUAUGAAACUUGACACUAUAUUAUUCUUUAUAUCCAUCAUGCUUGCUGUCCCGUGGAAAAAGAACAAUACUUUGUGUUUUAGCAAAGGUAAAAUAGUGCUCACCAGUCCUAAAUAAACAACCUAUUCUCAUUUGGUGUCAAAUAGUCUGAUUUUGUAAUAAAUACGAAACUAUAAUUCA